GGGACCGUGACCCUCCGCUCUCAUCUCACAAAAUGCGUGUGGGCAUUAUGGCGUCCCCCUCGCCUUAUUUUACACCGGGCGUACUGACUCGGAACAUGCGCCGACGGGUGUCCGUGCCCCGGGAGCUGGAGCGGGAUCCUCAACCCGGCUCCAACUUAGCAAAGAGCCCUGCCGUUGGUAGGUUGGCGGCAGGGGAAGGGAAACCUGCCCGCAGGCAUGCAGCAGGCCAACCCGGCCUCCAGAUUCAGGCGGACACGAUCCAGCCUGGAAAUGCGCGGAGGCAGAAAAGCGAGCCCUUGCAGACUGCUGGCAUUUCGGGCCGAAUGCUCGGCCGGCCGCAGUCUGCUUCCUCAGUAGAGGACACACCCUCUAAAUGGGAGCCGAAGGACUGGAGGGAGCAGUUGGCUAACAUUAGGGAAAUGAGGAAGUGCAGGGAUGCGCCCGUGGACCACAUGGGCGCCGAACAAUGCUUCGACAAAACGGCAGCCCCCAAGGUCAUGAGGUAUCAGGUGCUUUUGUCACUCAUGCUGUCCAGCCAAACCAAGGAUCAGGUGACAUUUGCAGCAAUGAAGCAGCUGAGGGAACAUGGCUUGACUGUUGAGAACAUCCUCAAGAUGGAUGAUAAGACGCUUGGAGAGCUCAUCUAUCCAGUUGGCUUCUGGAGGAAUAAAGUGAAAUACAUCAAACAGACCACAGCAAUCCUGAAGGAGCAGUACAAUGGUGACAUUCCCAGCAGUGUUAGCGAGCUUGUGAAACUUCCAGGAGUAGGACCAAAGAUGGCUCAUCUCACCAUGAAGAUAGCCUGGAACAACGUGUCUGGCAUCAGUGUUGACACCCAUGUGCAUAGAAUCGCAAAUCGACUAAAGUGGGUCAAAAAAGAGACCAAAAACCCAGAAGAGAGCAGAUUGGCGCUGGAAGAGUGGAUGCCACGGGAGCUCUGGAGCGAGACCAAUUGGCUGCUGGUGGGCUUUGGUCAGCAGAUGUGCCUGCCAGUGAAUCCUCGCUGUGCUGUAUGUCUCAACAGAGAUAUCUGUCCCACAGCCAAGAACAAUCUUCGGAAAACAAAUCCCAGGCUUCCUCCCAGCUCUCCGGUUCAGCCUUGCCAACAGCAACAAUAAUUAAAUCCUUGUGUUUAGAUGUUAGAUUGUGGUAUAAAUUAUUCAAAGGAUGGGGAGAUGUUUGUCCCAAAGUUAACUAAAACAGAACUGUAUGUGAUCUUGUCAAUGGAUUCCAGUUGCUGGUGGAGCAUUGAACUCAAUUGAAUAAUGGUGUUCCCAGUGAGAACACCGUGCAGUUCGUAAAGAUGCAUCAUUAGCAGGACUGGGUAUCGCAGCCUGGUGGCAAGUGCCUUAUACUUAGAGAGCCAGGCAAGUCUCCUAUGCUAAUGUGCAGUUUUACAUAGAAUUUAGAUGCAUCACCAGUAAACCAAAUGGUUGAAAUUCCAUUGAGUGCUACUUUGGGUAACACAGCAGCUCAGUGGUUAGCACUGCUGCCUCACAGCAUCAGGGACCUGGGUUUGAUUCCACCCUCAGACGACUGUGCGUGGAGUUUGCAUAUUCUCCCCAUGUCUGCAUGGCUUUCCUCCCACAGUCUAAAGAUGUGCGGGUUAGGUGAACUGAGCAUGGGAAAUGCAGGGUUACAGUGAAAGGGUAGGAGUGGAUGCUGUUCAGGGGGCUAGGUGUGGAGUCAAUGGGCCAAAUGGCCUGCUUCCACACAGAAGAGAUUCCAUGAUUCUAGCCCACUGAUUAAGGUGCUUGCUUUAAGUUCUGAUUUCCUCCCUGCUUCAUCGGGUAAACAACAUGAACCAGUGGGCAAUAAAUUUUGCUUCAGCUUGCCAACCAAUGCUUUGAAAAUAGAAUUUAAAUGAUCGCUUAGCAUCCCUUAUUAACCUGUGGUUUGGUGUACAUUUUUGUGUAAGUAAAUAGAAGUGCGGUGGUAUCCUUAUUUGGCAUAUCUAUUUUUGGUCAGUGCUUUUUUUUUUUGAAAAACAAAAAGCAUUUUCCUUGUAUUCCUCCCACCAAUCACCUAGAUCAGCAGAACAGGAGACUUAUUCUCACGUCUCAUUUUCCAGUCAGCCUGUUUCUGGGUUAAGAUUACUUUAGAGUUUCAUGUCCGUGGAAGUUAGAAGCAUUUAAGUCUGAAAGUUGAUAGGACCGUUUUAUUUAAAAUGCCUUAAAUGUGAGUGGAUGGGUGGAUAAAUAUUUCACACGACAGAUGCAAAUCUCAAUAAAAGAAGAACAAUCGUGGAAAUACUCAACUUUAAUCAGAUAGCAUCAGUCACUAGAGAAACAGAACAGACAUCAAGUGGAGAACUUUUCAUUAGUUUUAGAUGAAGGGCUAUUAGAAUAUUAAUCCUUCUUUUUCUCUCUCCACAAAUGCUGCCUGAUUGGCUGAAUAUUUCUGGUACACGUGACAGAGGCGCUUUACUUUGCACAUGUGGAGGUGCUGUUGUUGAACUAGGGUGGACAAGGUCAAAAAUCACACGAUGCCAGGUUUAUUUGAAGUUAUAAGCUUUCCGAGUCUUGCUCCUUCAUCAGGUAUCAGUGAGAGAGGUGGCAUAAGACGCAGAAUUUAUAAGUAAAAGAUCAAAGGCUCAUAGGUUUGUUCAGUACUUUCGCAUCAGUUCUCAGAUGGCUGUUAAAUCUUUAAUCAAUUAGAAAUGAUUAAUAUGCAAAUCCAGAGUUUCUCAAGUCACUGCCCCGAGAUAACUAAGGGUUUUUAUCAGUAUACCAGAGCUGACAUCUCAGAUCGGACAAUGCAUUUUAGGUAUGAGGCCUUAUUUAGAAUCUUGCUGUGUAUUAACUUGGAGUCCAACUGGUUUUAUUUCCAUGGUAGGAAUUUAUAAAAUGCCACAUUGAUUGUCUAUAAAUUGUGUGCUUCUUGAACAAAAUAGAAUGCAUCUGCAAAUGGAAAUUCACCUCAUAGAUUUGUGCGUGUGCGUGCAUGCAUGAGGGAGAAAGAGAGAGUGUGUGUGUUCUCCUCUUUCUCCCCCCCCCCCCCAUGCACAUACAUAAUAUAAAUCUAUAGGGUGAAUUUGAGAUUGUGGAUACAUAUUAUUUUGUUCAAAAAGUAUACAAAUUUGUAGACAGUCAGUGUGACAUUUUAUCAAUUCCUACCCUGGAAAUAAAACCACUCUGACUCCAAGUUAAUACACAGCCAGAUUCUAAACAAGGACCUGACCUGAGACAUCACCUCUGGCAUACUAAUAAAACCUUUUAUCUGGGGGCAGUGACUUGAAAGAAAUUCUGGGAUUUGCAUGUUAAUCCUUUCUAACUGAUUAAAGAUUUAACAGCCUGCUUAGGUUCAUUCAACACAUUCGCAUCAGUUCUAUGACCCUUUUGAUCUUUUGCUUAUAAAUUGAGUCUGAUGCCACCUCUCUCACUUACACCUGAAGGAGGAGAGCGACUCCGAAAGUUAGUGUCUCCAUAUAAACUUAUUGGAUUAUAACCUGGUGUCGUGUGAUUUUUGACCUCACUUUGCACAGUAUUGCUUUUGAAAUGUCACUGCUCUCUCAAUGCACCCUUUUCCAUUCAGCACUAACUGAACCCUGUAAUUUGUUCACUCUUUCCUUUGAGCCCUGUGAUCUUAUCACUUGCCUUACUGUUUCCAGCAACGAAACAUCAAAGAUGUGUUCCUUGCAGCAGAUAAGUACAGCAAGACCAAUGGCCAGAAGCUGGGUUAAAAGGUUUGGAAGCAACGAGGAAACAAAUCAACUUAUAAUGCCAAAGGUUAUAGCAAAGUGAUGCUUUCUCUGCCCAUCCUCUUAAUUCCUUUGCUUGUUAUUUCAACACAAUAAUUCAUUUAUUCAUUAAAAUGUAAGAAUGGAACACCUUAACAUAUGAAAUGUGCUUUCACUAGUAUCACCAGAGCUAUCUGGGCCAUUAUUUGGAUAACUGGUUGGAUUGUUAUAGUCUGUCACUAGUCAUGUUUAAAUCAGUGCAAAUUCGUUAAACUAACCCUAGUACCAUACCGGACUUCAAACACAUGAACACCAGAGAAUCCUAGUACGUUCAUGUAUCAGGCAGAUGCUGUCUAAAUUUUAGGGUGAGGCCAAUUACUUCACCAUGGAAGUAAAAGCUUCUGAUUGGUACUAACUCAGGACAGAUGCAGUGUCUUGUAAAAUGGAUGCAUUGCAUUGUUCAACUCUAUUGUACAAAUAUAAAACAUUCUAAUUCUGAUUUUGUACUUGUAGUGUUUUACCUUCUCUAAUUCGUAUCUUUCCUUGUAUAUUAAGUAGCAGUACAUACAGCACUGCAAACUGUGGGUAUUGAGAUAAGUUAAAUUAACCAACUCUUCUCUCUUCAUACAGUUUAACUAUCUCUUGUGGGUGAAUGCAGAACCUGUUAGUAGAUUCAAAAGUAUUUGGGAAAACUGUUUUAAAUACAUAGAAAUUAUCAGGGAAAACAAAAACAAUCUAAGGAAUAGACUGUGCACACAAAUUGGAGUGUGGCUUGUCUACUAAAGCAUACUGAGAUAGCUAUAACUGAAUGGGCAAGAUUGUUCAGCCUGUCGAACACAUGCCUUUCAAGGUAUGCUCAGGAAAAUAAAAAGCAGAUGACGCUGGGAAAAUGCCUGGAAGCCCAAAUACUGAGAUGAUGGGAUGUAUGCGGUUGGCAAUACUGUUCAGUACCUUAACUCUUCUCCUGGAGUGUGGGUGCUUGGCUGUGGUGGGGGAAAAGGUCUGUUGCUAUGUUAUUGAGAGUCAAUUAGAAGAUACAAUGUAAUCACAAAAAUUCCACUUUUUUCAUUCAAAUAAAACUUAUAUAAAAAUCAA